AUGUUCCAAGACGGUGGCGAUGGGCAAGCGGGUAAAGCGAUGGCACCGCUCUUCUUGACAGCACGGCCAGCUAAUAUGCUUCCGACAACACAGCUGCACGAACAAGUCAUCAAUCAGGCUUUUCGCACCACCUGAUCAAGAAAGUAUCAAGUCCACUGCAACCAUAGACUAGACGCCAGCUUUGCCUUCGCAUCACCGCAAAGAUGAGAUCACGGAGUGCCGCGCGUUGCAUACCAUACGAUUUUUGCGUGCCUUCGCCUUUGUUCUUUGCCCACCUAUCUUCCAUCCGCAGCGUAUCACCUUCCGACUUCGAUUUCUUGAAAGCCACCAUGAGCUUCUCAUCGUCAUUCAUCAAGCUCACUGCGUCCUGGAGAGUGUGCACUCGUCACCUUUCGACGUCAGGAUUACAGUUUCCUCUGCCGAUCGUCCAUUCCAACCCAUCCUUGCCAUUUGACGUCGACUCACAGCAUUUGUACAACAAAGCACUCAACUUAAUUCAGCAUAGACAUUCUUUCUCGAUUUCAGAGCGGACGACAGAGUCGCACUGCCUUACUGCACCGCAUGUCGCUUGCAUGCGAUACGGACGCUUGUGUGUCAGGCCGCCUAGGAUUUCGAUCACAUGUAUAAUUCAGUCUUGCGCGCUAAUGGCAAUACAUACAAUUGACAGAACAUAUUUACUUGUACCGACCUUGUGCUCUCGAAAUGUCGGAGAACGCGGCACCUGUCCCCUGACGACCCACAAGCCUGCCGCCGAGCUAUUCCAGAAGAGCAUGGCGAAAGUACGCAAGCCAGUGGUCACGCUUCACUGCCUCUGCCACGGCAUUCGGAUCGCACGUAAAUUUUAGCAUACGGGGCGCUGAUGGAAUGCCAUCUUUCACUGUCGACCUGGACGCCGCGCCAUCGAGAGG